GAUAUACAUUGCAACUAAGUUUCAGUUCUGUAAUGGGUUCUGUAACCAUGACAAAUAUCUAUGUCUCUUCUUCAUCUUCUUCAAUCAAAAUUAGAAUGGCCAAAGCACUAAAUUUAAUCCAACCAAGAUUAUUGCCUUACACAAGAAUUACUUUCCCAAUAAACCCAAAAAGCCCAUUAAAUGACUGGCAAAAUUCUCUCUUUCUCACUCGUUGCUCUACAAAACAAGGAAUUGGUAGCAAUAACAAUGCUACAAGUAGAAACCCUUCCAUUGAACUGGAUUCCAACUCCAUUUCUCCACAUUUUCCAACUCCAACAUCAAAUCUACCUCUUACCCAACAAAAAUCCAAAGGUUUAGUCUUUGCUUUAGGCCCUGAAAAUUCUUGGGAUAGCGCAGAAAUUGGUUCUCCGAUUGUUAAAAGAUACAUUGGCGAUAAUGAAGAAAGGUGGUACAUGUGGUAUCAUGGCAUGUCAUCAGAUUCAGAUUCUGAUUCCAACUUUGACCGUAUUGGAUUAGCUGUUUCCAGCAAUGGAAUUCACUGGACUCGCGGAUCAGAACAUGUAAGCUCUUGUGGAGAUGUAGGUGCAGUAAUGGAUUGUAGUAGGAAUUGGUGGGCGUUUGACACAGAAAGCAUUAGACCUUCAGAAUUAGUGAUUAUGUCGAGUCCAAUGUAUAGUUCGGUUUACUGGCUUUACUAUACUGGGUAUAGUUCCGAAGAAAUGGAGAUUUCACGGUUUUUUAACAUUUCUAUUGAGAACCCUGAAAGAGUUAGCCAUUACAAUGCUAAACCUGGCAAGGUUUUAAAGUCCUUGCCAGGUUUAGCCUGUAGUCAAGAUGGUAGACAUUGGGCUAGAAUUGAAGGAGAUUAUCAUAGUGGAGCUUUACUUGAUGUAGGUUCAAGUAAAGAGUGGGAUUCUUUAUUUAUUUCUUCACCACGUGUUGUCAUUCAUCAAAAUGAUGAUUUAAGAAUGUAUUAUCAUUCAUUUGAUGUAGAAAAUGGGUGUUUUUGUAUUGGGAUUGCAAGAUCCAGAGAUGGGAUCAGAUGGGUUAAGUUAGGGAAAAUUAUGGGAAAAGGAAAAGAAGGUUGUUUUGAUGAGUUAGGGACAAAGAAUGCUUGUGUUGUUAGAAAUGGUAAAAAUGGGAAAUACUUAAUGGCAUAUGAAGGUGUUGAUAGUAAUGGGAACAGGAGUAUUGGAAUGGCAGAAUCUCCAGAUGGGUUGAAGAAUUGGAAAAGAGUUGAAGAAAAUCCAAUUCUUGAGGCCUCAGAAGGUGAUGAUAGAUGGGAUAGUAAAGAAGUGGGAUCUCCAUGUUUGAUUCAAAUGGAGGAUAAUGAAGAUGAAUGGAGAUUGUAUUAUGUUGGUGCUGAUAAUGAAGGAAGAACAGGAAUUGGAAUGGCAAUUUCUGAAGGAAGUAAUUUCAGGAAUUUCAAAAGAGGCUCAGGACUUCACUUGUGAGAUCUAUAAAUGUAUAAUAUAUAGUAUUUGUACAUUUGAAGAUAGUUCAAGAUUUGUCUAAUCAAAACUGCUUGUUAACACAAUUUGCAACCAAGUUCAAUGUAUAAAUUGCUAUUUUAACUUU